CGAGGGGGGUAAUCUUUUGUCAGGGGGUCAGGAUUUGGGAACAACACUGUCACUGUGUAGGCUGCGUUUACCAGCAAACGGCGGGAAAUUAAGCAUAUUUUAAAGAAAGCUGGCACGUUUCUUUAAGAUUUUAGACCUAGGUUUUAGAUUGUUUGAGAGAGCUGUCGAAACACCGGCCACACAAGCCCAUGCUCCAGCAGCGGCGCGCGUCGGAAGCAGCGGAGCGCGUCGUCAUCGCGUCCGCUCAUGCGUUCCGUUCAUCGGGCCGCUGUCUGUGAAGGAUACAGCUGAGUUUCACUUCUCUCUGAAAGAACUAGUUCAUCGGGAACGCCCGUGGAUCAAGCAGCAGAUUAAACUUUCAGUUUCGAUAUUAGCCGAUAACAGCUGCACUUACGACAGAUUUGUUUGUGCCACAUAGCUUCAGUUCGCAGAGGCAUUUGAGAUCGUUAAUGCGCGUCUCUUCUCCGACUGGCUUGGAAAUCGGUUUUACAUGUUGGAUUUGUUCAGAUAAGCGAUGAAGUCUGUGCUGUUUGCUUUAAUGACGGCCGUGAUCGCGCUUCAGCGGGCCGAAUGUCUCACGAGGACUUAUUAUAUUGCCAUAAAUGAAGAAAACUGGAAUUACGCGCCCAGCGGUCGAAACCUGAUCAAUAACCUGAGCAUUGAUCGAGAUGAACAUGCGUCAGGUUUUCUGGUGAAUGGCGCUACCCGGAUAGGGAGUAUUUAUAAAAAAGCUUUAUACAGGCAGUACACAGAUGAGACUUACUCCAGUGAGAUACCUAAACCUGCGUGGCUCGGCUUCCUCGGACCAAUCAUACGGGCCGAGGUCGGUGACGUCAUAGAGGUGCACAUGAAGAACAAUGCCAGCAAGCAUUACUCUCUCCACCCUCAUGGAGUUUUCUAUGAGAAGAAUUCAGAAGGAGCGUUGUAUCCAGACGGCACGGCUGGUGGUGAUAAGAGUGAUGAUGCGGUGGCUCCAGGUGAGAGCUACACAUACACCUGGCAGGUCAAACCAGAGUACGCUCCUACUGAAGCAGAUGCCCGCUGUCUCACCUGGAUCUACCAUUCACAUGUAGAUGCACCAAAAGACAUCGCAUCAGGGCUUAUAGGAGCUCUGCUCACCUGCAAGAAAGGCACUCUGGACUCUAAGCAAAAGCGCUCCGAUGUGGAUGAAGAUUUCAUUUUGAUGUUCAGUGUGGUGGAUGAGAACUUGAGCUGGUACUUGGAGGAGAAUAUUGAAAAGUUCUGCUCUGAUCCAGAUGCAACAAACGAACUUAAUAAUAGCACAGACGAGGAGUUUAGAGAAUCCAACCUCAUGCACUCAAUCAAUGGCUAUGUUUAUGGGAAUUUGCCUGCACUGAAAGUGUGUGUCGGACGUCCCGUGUCCUGGCAUCUCUUCGGCAUUGGUAACGAGGUGGACAUUCAUUCGGCUUAUUUCCAUGGGCACACCCUCGUGGAUCGCUUGCACCGCACAGAUGUGCUUAGUCUGUUUCCUGCCACUUUUGUCACCGCAACAAUGAUCCCGAAAACUGAAGGAAAAUGGUUGUUAAGCUGCCAAGUCAAUGAUCAUGUACAAGCAGGUAUGCAGAGUUUCUAUGAGGUCUCGGCCUGUGGCUCCACAGCCUCUGUAACCCUUGCUCCUGGCAAAGAGAGACCUUUCUACAUCGCUGCUGAGGAGAUGCUUUGGGACUACGCCCCUUCAGGGGUGAACUACAUGACAAAUAAACCACUUACUGAACCAGACAGUGACUCUGAAUCAUAUUUCAGUCGUGAUGGUGGUAAGCUGGGUGGAAAAUACCUGAAGGCCAGAUACAUUUCAUACACUGAUGACACAUUUACUACCAAAACACAUAUUGUGGGCUCAGAUGUGCAUCUUGGAAUUCUGGGUCCAGUCAUCAAAGCAGAGACUGGUGAUGUUAUCAUUGUGACAUUCUUUAACAAUGCCACACAUGACUACAGCAUUCAGCCACACGGUCUGCACUAUGAUAAGACCUAUGAAGGAGCAAAGUAUCAGGACGGUACUGAGAAAGCUGGAGCUUCUGUGGCUCCUGGUAAAAAGUUCACCUACCGUUGGAAAGUAUUGGAAGGUCCCUCCAGCAGUGAUCCUCCUUGUCUUUCAUAUCUCUACUUUUCUGCUGUUGAUCCUGUUCGGGACACUAACUCUGGUUUAUUUGGGCCCAUACAAGUGUGCAAGAAAGGUGUUCUUGAUGGAAGUGGCCAUCAGCAUGCUGACCAAAUUCAGCAUGAGUUUUUUCUGCUGUUCUCUGUGAUGGAUGAGAAUGAAAGCUGGUAUCUGAAAGAGAACAUUAAAAGGUUUGGCAGCAGUGAUUCAGAUGAAGCUAAUGAAGAGUUUCAGGAGAGCAAUAAAAUGCAUGCGGUGAAUGGCUUAAUGUAUGGAAACCUCAAAGGUCUGGACUUGUGUAUGUGGGAACACGUUAUGUGGCACAUACUUGGCUUGGGCUCUGAGGUGGAUAUCCAUGGGGUCUAUUUCGAGGGUAACACGUUUCGACGAGAUGGGAUGAACCGUGACACUCUCAGUGUCUUCCCUCAUACCACAGUGACUGUGACCAUGACACCUGACAAUAAUGGCCAGUUUGAGCUGAGCUGUCGUACAGGUGAUCACUAUGAAGCCGGCAUGCGUCAACAUUACAAUGUCAAGGCCUGUUCGACAGUGACUCCUGCACCAGAACAUUUCCCCUCCACAGUGCACUACUAUAUAGCAGCAGAGGAAAUGGAGUGGGAUUAUGCCCCAGACCGCACAUGGGAAUUGGAGAAACACAAAUUUACAAUGCUGAAAAGCCCUGGAAGUAUUUUCCUUGAACAAUCAGGAAAUCAGAUUGGUGGUAAAUAUAAGAAGGUGGUGUUUCGUGAAUACACAGAUGACACAUUUAACACAAGGAAACCCAGGCGUCCAGAGGAGGAGCACUUGGAAAUAAUGGGACCCAUCAUUAGAGCUGAGGUUGGUGAGACGAUUCAAGUUGUGUUUAAAAACAACGCCACAAAGCCAUAUUCUAUUCAUGCCCAUGGAGUGAAGACCAGUAAAACCCAUCAGGAUGGUGUUCAGCCAGGUGAUACGAUGACAUACACCUGGACCAUUCCAAAACGAUCAGGUCCGGGUCCCAGUGAUCCAAACUGUAUAACGUUUGCCUACUACUCCUCGGUCAGCUUAGUUGAGGACUUGAUGAGUGGUUUGGUGGGUCCACUGAUAGUGUGCCGCAAAAAAACCCUGGACACCAAAAGACGCAGAAAAGACAUUGAUAAAGAGUUUGCCCUCCUCUUUUUGGUGUUUGAUGAAAAUAAGUCCCACUACCUGGAUGAAAACAUAGAAACUUACAUGAAGGCAGACCCAGAAGAGUUUGACAAAUAUGAUGGGGAAUUUAUGGAGAGCAACAAAAUGCAUGGCAUUAAUGGAAAGUUGUAUGCUAAUCUCCAUGGGUUGAAUAUGACAGAGAAUGACAGGACCGAGUGGUACUUGAUAGGACUGGGGAAUGAAGUGGACAUGCACACUGUGCAUUUCCAUGCUCAGAGCUUCAUUUACAAAAUGAAUCAUUCUCAUCGAGCUGAUGUAUACGACCUGUUCCCAGGAACAUUUCAGACCAUUGAGCUGACUGCAGGAAGUCCUGGGCAGUGGCUGCUUCACUGCCAUGUGACCGACCACAUCCAUGCGGGCAUGGAGGCCAUUUUCACUGUUCAUCCUAAAGAGUCAACAAAGUCACCAGGAUCAUCAAGGAUUGGUGACAAUAUUCCAGCCAAUGGGUCAGCAAAUUCACCAGGAUCAUCAGAGACUGGCAAAAUUUCAGGCAGUGCCUUCAGUCAUUUUAGAAAUCCAUCGACUGUGAUGUUGUGUUUCCUUGGAUUUGUCCUAUCAUACUUUGUAGCACACUGAAAAACAGAACAAAGUGACCAUGAGCCCUCAGAAUGAAUAUUUAUUGCUGUGAUGGUGAUGCUCACUACUUAGUUACCUAAUCUAGCAUUCUCACUGGAAACUUCUCAGCUUAUGAGGGAAACAACUACUGAACAAAUGAGAUAUACAUAUUAGUCUUUCUAGUUUUUGCUUUGACAUGCAAGUAAUGAUUUAUUUAAUUGUCUAAUCUUUCAGUUAAUAAAAUCAGCUUAAAGAAUGUGCUAUUCAAGCCUCUUGCGGCUACUUAAAAAUAUCAGUCCAUCACAGUUUUACCAUAGAGCUCCAUUAUGAUUUAAACAUUUAACUGCUAAAUAAACUAGAUAGUUUAGUCUCCAGCACAUUUCAAAUGUCUCUUCGGUCAGAAGUGAGCAUCCUAGAGCAGAGGCCUUGAAGUGGGGACUUUGGAGGGAACAGGGCUCUUGUGUUUCGUCUAGAGUACACUUGAUGAAGGGAGCAAUGAAAGACAAUGUAUCUUGUCCAUGAUCUUUGCCUGGAAUUUUACCAUGACAACAGCAUUCAUCAGCUCAUCAGCUGUACACAACAGGAAUCUCUUAUUAUUGCUGUUAUAGUUAUUGCUGCAACACAAAAACACUGUUUGGAAUUUCACCUCAGGGUUUGCAGUCUACAACAAGCUAAUUAGUGAUUAGCAGACUAAUUAGAUAAAGCAAACACACAAAAUGUGAAAUUAUUGCAUUGGUAGCAGAGUAAAAGUAAGAUGAAUAAUGAGUGUGUGAAUGAAAAAAAUUUGUUUUUAUGGCUUUACAUAUGAACUGGUUUUUAAUCAAUAUUUUUUUGUUUUAAGAUUGUUGUGCAACAUUUCUAUUUUUAAUUUGAACUAUUUUUAAUCUUAAUUGUGCACUGUUUAUGAACUUAUCACAACUUGUCAGCUGGAUAUAAUAAAGAAUAAAAUGAAUAAAAUAAAGAGACGGAUUAUUAAUGUUA